AUGACCACAUUUGGCACCUGCUCCCUCUCUCUGGACAUCGGUCUCCGACGUCUCUUCCCUUGGGUCUUCGUCGUUGCUGACAUCCCCUGUGCAAGUCUCGGUGCAGAUUUCCUCGCCGCUUUCGAUCUUCUGGUCGAAUGCCGUCAGUCACGUCUACACGACAAGACUACCAACCUUACUGUCCGGGGUAUCUGUUCCUCUGACACCUCCCGUCAUCUUGCCGUCUUGGACCCUGAACCCGAGAAUCCAUUUCGGCAACUCCUCCCCAAAUACCCCGGCCUCACUCGUCCCAACUUAAACGUUUCUAUUCCACCGCAUGACGUUGUCCACCACAUUCGGACCACUGGCCCUCCCGUGUUUUCUCGCCCCCGCCGUCUCGCGCCGACACGUCUUGCUGCCUCCAAGGCCGAAUUCGAGCACAUGCUUCAAAUGGGCAUCAUCCGUCAGUCUGAAAGCCCAUGGGCCUCACCCCUCCACAUGGUUCCAAAGGCCGCCACUGGUGACUGGCGCCCCUGCGGUGACUACAGGGCCCUGAACAACGUUACUGUCCCGGACCGCUACCCUGUCCCACAUCUUCAGGAUUUUGCCGGUGCCCUAUUCGGCAAGUCUGUAUUCUCGAAGAUCGAUCUGGUCCGUGCUUUCCACCGAAUUCCCAUAGCCCCGGAGGACGUUUCGAAGACGGCCGUUACCACCCCCUUUGACCUCUUUGAGUUCCUGCGCAUGUCGUUUGGACUUCGCAACGCCUCCCAGACCUUCCAACGGUUUGUAGACAGAGUGCUUCGCGGCUUACCAUUUGUCUACGCCUAUAUCGACGACCUUCUGAUAGCCAGCUCUACCACUGAAGAACACAUGGAACAUCUUACAACGGUGUUUGACCGCCUUCAACAAUUUGGCGUUGUUCUCAACCCGUCCAAGUGCGUCUUCGGUGUGCCCUCCCUAGAAUUUCUCGGUCAUCUGGUCGACUCCCACGGCAUUCGGCCUCUUCCCUCAAAGGUUGCCGCCAUUCGGGACUUUCCACCCCCUACCUCGAAGCGUCAGUUGCAACGGUUUCUUGGUAUGGUGAACUUUUAUCGCCUGUUUCUCGCAAACUGUGCCGACACCAUCCUACCUCUGACCAAUCUCCUCUCAGGUUCUAAACUCACCUUUGAACUUACACCAGCAGCACUCACGUCAUUUGAGCAGGUAAAAGCCCUUCUGGCUGACGCCUUCAUCCUGACUCACCUUCACGCUGAUGCACCCAUAUCUUUGAUGGUCGAUGCCUCCAAUGUUGCUGUUGGCGCGGUUCUUCAACAAAGUCUGCCGGAUUCUACCGUGCCUAUGGCUUUCUUCUCCAAGAAACUAUCCAAAGCCGAAACCCGCUACAGCACAUUCGGACGUGAACUUCUCGCCGCUUAUCUGGCCGUAAGGCACUUCCGGCAUUUACUCGAAGGUCGAGAGUUCACAAUUUUCACUGAUCAUAAGCCACUCACGUUUGCAAUACAUUCCCACUCUGACAAGCUAAGCCCCCGGGAGAUCCGUCACCUGGACUACAUUUCGCAGUUCACUUCAGACAUCCGCCAUAUUGACGGGUCACGGAAUGAGGUGGCUGACGCACUCUCAAGGCCCUCUAUUGCUCAUCUUCAGCUUUCACCCGGGAUAGACCUCGCUGAGAUGGCCGCUGAACAACGUCGUGUCGGUCCACCCUGUGAUGAGGAUGUUUCCGGACUCCAUCUUCAGGAGCUACCACUGACAACUGGCAACGGCAGUAUUCUAUGCGACGUAUCCACCCCAUCUCAUCGUCCAUUUGUGCCACCAUCUCUCCGCCGCAAAGUUUUAUCCUCCCUGCACAAUCUCUCUCACCCUGGGAGUCGAGCAACCGACAAGCUGGUUUCCGACCGCUUCGUCUGGCCUGGAAUGCACAAGGACCUGAAAGCAUGGACACGGGCGUGUCUCGGCUGUCAACGGAAUAAGGUCCGACGGCACAACAAAACUCCCAUUGGCACCUUCCCUACUCCGGACGCACGAUUCAGUCAUAUCCACCUGGACAUCGUAGGCCCCCUGCCUCUGUCCAAUGGCUGCUCCUAUCUCCUCACCUGCGUGGAUCGAUUCACCCGGUGGCCGGAAGCUUUUCCACUGUCUGAUGUCGCAGCUCCAACGGUCGUCAAGGCUUUCCUCAGUCGUUGGGUUGCCAUUUUCGGUGCUCCCUCCAUUAUCACGACUGACCGUGGUGCCCAAUUUGAAUCUCACCUCUUCCAGUCUUUACUCUCCUUUUUAGGCUGUACUCGCAUCCGCACUACAGCCUAUCAUCCGGCAGCUAACGGGAUGGUCGAGCGGUUUCACCGUCAGCUGAAGGCCUCCCUACCCACCGCAGACGAUCCGAAGAAUUGGACAGACCACCUCCUCUUGGGCAUUCGCCUCUCCCUCAAGUCGGACCUUGAUUGUUCUGCCGCUGAACUCGUGUUCGGUGCCACCGUCCGACUUCCCGGUCAGAUGAUCUCGCCAACCCCGCGAGUUGCAGUUGAGGAUCCCACCAACCUCCUGCAUCGCCUCCGAUGUGAUCGAGUCCGCCGGCCACUGGAACCACCCUACGAUGGCCCCUUCCGAGUUAUCCCUCGUGGGACGAAGAACUUCCGCAUCCAACGCGGUACUCGCGAGGAGGUCGUGAGCGUGAACCGUCUCAAAGCUGCCGUCCCGGACACUCCUCUGGAUGUGCCCUGUGGUCCCCUAGCCCCUGCUCCGCCUCCCCGACCCUCUAUUCCACCGUCCCGUAUACUUCCUCUGCCCUUAGGUCCACAACUCCCAACUGCAACUACCCCUUCAUCAAAAAACAACACUGUGACCGGGAGCCAUACUCACUCUUAUCGUGUGCCCCCUGCAUAUACCACCCGAAGUGGACGCCAUGAUCACUUUCCUGACCGUUUCGUUACUCAUGUUUUUUAG